ACACGUCGACUAAUUUCCCAUCAUUCUAAUAUGGCUGCCUCGCACGAUGAAUCCUUGUUCGGAGAAAAUAUCGACAAGAGUUUGUUUGAGGAAGGUCUUGUGGAGAUCGCGGAUCGUUUGCGUAAGCAAGGCAAGAGUGUCUUCGAUCUGAAAGCAGCAAAGGACGAAAUGUCUGUGGAGAAAGACAAAUAUGUUCUUAUAAACAUCUUUAGGGGGCAUGCAUCGAUCGUUGUUGUCGACAAAGAAUUGUUCGAGACCAUUUUAUUUCCACCCAUCUGGGGACAGAUGUUAGAUGGACCUAAUUUGGCAUUCCGGGAAGAUUUCGAAACUGUGAAAAGAAUGGCUGCUACGAUCCCUUUACAGCAGUAUCACGUCUGCUUAGACGAGUCUGGCAACAAGUACAUUCUUACACGCAACAUGUUUUACAUGCCAUGGCUGAAGAAAUCUCGGAGUUUUUACGUUGGAGAAUCGGCUAUGGCGUACUUAUACCUGCAGUUGUUGUGCUUGACUGUUGUUCCAUCGAAGUAUCGACUGAUCAUCGACGACUGUUUAGAGUUUGCGAAGCGGUUCGCCAAGGAGAUCGCUGUUCAAGAGAACGACAUUAGGGGAACGGAAAUCCAAGCGUUGUUCAGGACUUUGUCAGUAUCCGAGCACUAUGCAAGCGCCGUAGUGGAACAAGCUUCUCGAAAUAACCCGAAAAGUGGUUUAAGCGCUGCCAUUUCUUACUUCAUGAGUUUUAGAUUAGAAAGACUACUUCUGGCAUUAGGUAUUGUUGUGAUCGCGAUUGUUCUGUACAUUUGUAUACGUUACUAAGUAUGUCAACUUCCCGAGAUCUCAAAGCUCAUUCUCCAAAAAGAAGACCAUAGUUCACCUUUGCGGCUAAGAAUAGGGCUGUAGAGUUGUGAACAGACAAUAUGUACAGCGAUGUUAUAUCCUAACGGGCCGAUCACUGCGAUCAGUCGAUAAACUUGCUGAUGCCCGAAGUGCACGCUGUGUUUAUGAUUACCAAUUCUAGUAUGUAAAUUUGUUUCUUUAUCUCAGAUAACUUUCACGUGUUAGUGUAUAGAAACUGAUGAUAAGGUUUUUCAAGGACGACCCGGGACAAGUAGACUCUCCGCAGCACCUACAGUCCGAGAUUUGUCCGAUGUGCCAAUUUCUGCAUAAUUUCUCCGUUCAACGCCACAAACUGCCAGUGAGGUCAAACAACCAGUUUGUUUUAGACACAGCCUAAACACACAGAACAAAGUUGAAUCGCGAAAUCACAGUGAUUGGUCCAAAAAUAGCACUAUUUAAAUAAAUAUGAAAAUUUGCUCGUGAUUUUCUGUAACGACACCACUGGUGAUCAAAUUCGCAAAUAAAAUGUGUUGGCGAUAAA